CAUCGAAGAGACACAUACAGUAGACAAAGAAAAACAAAGAAAAGAGUUAAAAAAAAAACACAGAAAAGAGAAAUGGCAACACUGGGAGGCGUUAGUGAGGUGGAAGGAGUCCAGAACAGCGUCGAGAUCGAUAAUCUUGCUCGCUUUGCUGUUGAAGAACACAACAAAAAACAGAAUGCAGUUCUGGAGUAUGUGAGGGUGAUAAGUGCAAAGAAGCAGGUGGUUGCUGGCACCUUGUACUACAUCACUUUGGAAGCAAAUGAUGGUGGCAAGAAAAAAGUUUACGAAACGAAGGUCUUGGAAAAGGCAUGGUUGAACUCCAAGGAGGUGGAGGAGUUCAAGCUCGUCAGUGAUGCUCCUUCCCAGUCUAGCACUUAGCUAGGUUACCGAAGAUUAUGCAUAGGCUAGCUUGGCUCCAAGCCGAAAGUAACAGGAUAUGAAAAGUAUGUGUAUGUGUGGAAUAAAUGUAGCUAUUUACCUUUAAGUCCUAACGCUACAUACGGCGUAUACAUUGGCAUCCUAUUUCAGUAUGAACUACUAUGAAUAUGAUCAACUAUGUAUUUAUGUGGUAAAGAACUAAUUGUUGUCCAUUGAUGUUCUAUAUGAUGAAAUAAGCGUUCCUUUUUGUUGUA